AUGAAAGCGGUGAUACAACGUGUGACACAGGCUAGUGUUUCAGGUAAUGAUCAAGUUAUACGUGUUUUGUUGUAAUAACUUACGCCUUUUUAAGAAACAAGAAUAAAAAAGGAAAUGUGAAACGUUAGGCUUAUGCAAUAAAAAUUAUAUAUCAUAUUGUAUUAAAUUUGACGAAAUAUGGUUAGAAUAGAUAAUUUCAAUUUUCCAAUUAUAAUAAUACAUAUUAGAAACAUAAUUUUGCAUAGAGUGUAAUGUCAUGAAAUAAUGCCAUGAAUUAACAUGCAUUUCAAUUCAGCUUCGUUAGAAAACAUGUUAUAUCUAUUAUGCGUUUAAGAAACAUGUUUUAUCUAUUAUACUUGGUUUGUUUUCCAUUGAUACACAUCAUUAUAUAGACUAAUUUUUCAGUUGAUGGUGAAAUUAUUAGUAGCAUUGGCAACGGUCUCUGUGUCUUAAUUGGCAUUAAAAAAGAUGACACGAUAGAAGAUAUGAAAUAUAUGUAAUACAUUUUUUCAUGUUACUAUAAUGAAUAUUUUAAAUAAAAUAGUCUAAUUCAGUCUGAAAAGUAUAAAAUGAAAUGUUAUUUUUCUUAGAGUGAGAAAGAUAUUGAAUAUUAAAAUGUUCGAUGAUGAUAAUAAUAAGAAAUGGAAUAAAAGUGUUAUGGAUAAAAACUAUGAAAUAUUAUGUAUUAGUCAAUUUACAUUGUACCAUAUCUUGAAAGGAAACAGAUUAGAUUUUCAUAAAGCUAUGCCUGCUCAAGAAGCCUACUCAUUUUAUAAUACCUUUCUUAUUGAGCUUGGUAAAAACUAUAAUCCAGACUUAAUCAAAGAUGGUAAAUUUGGAGCAAUGAUGGAAGUUGAUAUAAGAAACAGUGGGCCUGUAACAUUAGAAAUAGAAUCUCCGUUUAAGCCUAGUGAAUCAAACCAGUCUAACAAUGUACAGUGAAUAUCAAUGUGGAAAACCAAAAGCAAAAUAUACAAACGUUGAUCAAACGUAUAACAGAUAGUAUUGUAUUUUUAUGAGUUUCUCAAAUUCCUUCCUUCUAUUUAUAUCGUACAGCAACGUAUUUUAUAUUUUAAUAUUUUACAUUUUAAUAUUUGUUUUGUUUACAUUUUAAUAUUUCUUAUGGUACAUGAUAUAAUUUGUACCAAAUUAAUUUCUGUACAACUUUAUAAAUGUAAUUUUUUUAUAUAUAUCUGAUAUUGUAAACACGAUGCUGAUUAUUCUGUUGAAAACAUUGCUCUGUUGAAAAUUAUUGUAAUAAAUUUUAUCUUUAAGCGAAAUAUUGUUUAUAAAUGGUUGUACAAGUUACUUUACUCCGUUGUGUUAGAUUAUGUAUAUCGAGAUUGUUGACAUUAAAAAUAUUCUGUGCAAUAUAAUGUAGGGAGCUAAUACAUACUUUGAUAUCAUCAGGGUAUGUGACAGAACACGGUACUUGUAUAUAUGUAUAUUGUAUAAUAAUGUUAGCAUGAAAUUUGUUUAGACAAUUUUUUACAAAUGUGGCAAAUGAGAAAUACGUAAUUUUAAGUGCACGUAACUAUCGUGUACGAAAUUAUGCAAAAGUAUGACACGAGUGCCACUUUGCAUUGUAUUAACAUUUUUAAUGUUCACGUUUAAAUGUUUACGUAGUGGCAAAUAUUCUGAUGUGUAAGUACGUAUGUAAUUUCAUCGAGUGUUUUUUAUUAUUUCGAAAACUGUCGUUUCUUUUUCAGCGAUAUGAAUGUUACCGUCUAAAAAGUACCUAUAUAUUUAUCAUUCAGAGAUGAGAACGAAGCAGACAAUAAAAAUCGUUUAAAAAGAUUCUGA